AUGGGAAAGAAAAAAAUUGCCGUAGCCGUUACCGGUGCCAGCGGAUCUAUCUAUGCCAGCAGGCUGCUCAGCCGGCUUGAGGAGUUGCAGGACCAGCUGGCGGAAGUGAGUGUGGUAUGGAGCGAUACCUCGCGAACCGUAUGGCAAUAUGAGCUUGGGAAUGAAGCUUACAGCCAAUACCCGUUCCGCACAUUCGAUAAAGGUGAUUUUAUGGCGCCUUUUGCCAGUGGCAGCUCUUCGUACAGCGCGUUGGUUAUCUGUCCGUGCAGCAUGGGUACGCUGGGCCGUAUUGCCAGCGGCAUGAGCAAUGAUCUGAUUACCCGCGCUGCGGAUGUGAUGCUUAAAGAGCGCCGCCAGCUCAUCUGCGUGAUCCGCGAAACGCCUUAUAACCUGAUACAGCUCCGGAAUAUGACCACGAUCACGGAAGCCGGGGGCAUUAUCUGCCCGGCUAGUCCUUCCUUUUACAGCAAGCCACAAACAUUUGAAGAGCUGGUUGAUACGGUUAUUAACAGGGUGCUGCAGCUCUGCGGGCUGGAACCCGGAGGCUAUAAAUGGCAGGAAGCAUAA